AUGAAGAAAUAUACACAAGGGAAGCAAAUACUUCGUCCUACUCUUACUCGAUUUGCCACCCAUUCAUAUACUGUUGAGCAUUAUGAAAAUGUACUUAAAGAAAUAUUAGAUGGUACAAAAGUAGUUAUUGAAAGAUUAGAACCUUAUAUAGAUACUCAAAUUAAAAUGAUUAAUCAGUUACUAUUAUUUCAAGACAAGUAUGAAACAUUUGGUACUCACAGGUACAAAAGAGCUUGGAAGCAAAUGAAUCCAGAAAGGAAUCUGUCUUAUUCAAGUUCAAGUUCAACACUAAGUAAGAGUGAUGAUGGUGGGGGUUUAAGUCCAGAUGAUGGUGAUGGUGAUGGUGCAAAUUUUGGUGGUAAUAUGGAUGCAAAACGACCUUAUAGCCCACUUGAAGGAGAAUUUGAGCUUGCUACUACUAUGAGGGUCAAAGUGCCAUAUAACUCGAUCAAAAGGAAAACCAAGAAGCACCUCUAUGAUAUUUUUAAAGGUUCUUCAUCUUCAGUACUCAAGGACAUUACUAUUUACCAGAACAACCUAAUUUUUAACCUCCGCAUGGUUAUCCAUAUUUAUAUAGUUAUUACCCAUCACAAAUGUAUCAUCCACCUCAAAUGCAUCAAGAACAAAGGCCAUAGGAAUGGAGAUGGAGUUAACUUGACUCUCAAAGUGAAAAUAAAGAAUUUGAUCCUCCUUGUCACCAUGUGUCACAGACAUCAGAGAGUAACCAAGCUGGAAUGGCAAUCCCAGAAACUAGCGGGGUCUGUAUCGCCAUACAUUGGAAAUUUGAGUUUUCUCAGGGUGUUGAAUCUUGCACGCAACAGCUUCAGCAACGAAAUUCCUCAAAAAAUUGGACGUUUAAGAAGAUUGGAAAUAUUAGAAUUGUCCAAUAACUUCAUCAAUGGUGAAAUUCCUUCCAAUUUAUCUGGUUGUUCUAAGCUUACAUUUGUUCAUAUUAGAGGCAACCAGCUAAUCGGAGAAAUACCUGGUUUCCUUGGUCUCUUGUCAAACCUGAAAGUGUUACGCUUAGGCUACAACAGUUUAACAGGGAGUAUCCCACCUUCCUUGGGGAACUUAUCAUCUUUGGAGAUACUUUCUUUGGCUGUGAAUGGUCUAAGUGGGGCUAUACCUGAAGCUCUUGGAUUAGCCAAUGCCUCAAAUCUCGUGGUUCUUCAAGUUUCAUCCAACCAACUUAAUGGAAACUUGCCUUCAUUUGAAAAUCUGGAAAAACUAUCUAGAUUUUUUCAUAGGGAAAAAUCAUUUUGGAAAUGGGGAGCAAGUGACUUAAACUUUCUUUGUUCUUUAACCAAUACUACAAAACUAACAAGUCUAGACAUAGGCAAAAAUAAUUUUGGAGGAGAGUUACCCGAGUGCAUUAGUAAUUUGUCUAUCACUAUUUCGUUUUCAGUAAUGCAAGAUAACAAAAUAUGGGGAAGAAUACCAGCUGGGAUUGGAAAUCUCAUCAAUUUGGAAGUGCUGGUGAUAUCAGAAAAUCAGCUAUUAGGUUCCAUUCCCCUUUCUAUUGGGAGGCUUCAAAAGCUAAAGGUAUUUUAUGCUCAUAAAAAUGAUUUCCUCUCUGGGGCAUUUCCCUCUUCUAUUGGAAAUUUGACAAUGUUAAUCAGACUUGCUUUAAAUCGUAAUAAUCUUCAAAGCAACAUUCCAUCAAGUCUAGGUAAGUGCCAAAAUUUGGCGGCGUUGGAUCUUGCUUAUAACAAUCUUACCGGAUCAAUACCCCCUGAAGUAAUUGGACUCUCAUCUUUGUCCAUUGGAGUAGACUUAUCAUCCAACUAUUUAACUGGUGUGCUUCCUGUUGAAGUAGGAAAUUUGAAAAAUCUAGGUAAUUUGAUUGUUUCUCGAAACAGGUUAUCUGGUUUACUUCCAAACAAUCUUGGUAUCUGUGUAAUAUUGGAUCCGUACCUGUUCUUGGAUGGCAAUUUGUUUGAAGGGCCCAUUCCUUCGUCUUUGAGAUUAUUGAGAGGUCUUGUGGCAUUAGACAUAUCUGACAAUAAUCUUACUGGUGCGAUUCCAGAAUUUCUUCAGAGCUUUGGAUCAUUAGAGUAUUUAAAUCUAUCUUUCAAUGAUUUCGAGGGUAUGAUACCAAUUGAAGGAGUCUUUAAAAAUGCAACUGCUACAUUCGUUGAGGGAAAUAGCAAGCUUUGUGGAGAAAGAAGAAAGAGCAGCCAACAGCAACUUGUGCAGAAAAUUCACUUUUACAGUUAUCAUACCAAAAGCAUCCUAAGGGCUACUGAUGGAUUCUCCUUGCAAAAUUUGGUUGGUUCAGGUAACUUCGGUUCUGUAUACCAAGGAGUUCUUGAAGAGAGUGGAGUAGUUAUUGCUGUUAAGGUGCUUAAUCUUCUUGCUCAUGCAGCUUCCAGAAGCUUCUUAGCUGAACGUGAGGCCUUGAGGAACAUUAGAGAUCGGAAUCUUGUCAAGGUAUUAAAGGCAAUUUCAGGUGUUGAUUAUCAAGGCAAUGAUUUUAAAGAAUUGGUUUAUCAAUUCAUGGUAAACGGAAGCUUGGAGGAUUGGCUGCACCCAUCUGUUGGCAUGAAUGAACAGGAGACAGUGAGAAACCUGAAUUUCUUCCAAAGAGUAAAUGUGGCAGUAGAUGUUGCUCAUGCACUGGAGUAUCUGCACCAUUAUUGCGACACUCCAAUUAUUCAUUGUGACCAGAAGCCAAGCAAAAUUCUACUUGAUGAGGAAAUGGUUGGCCAUGUAAGUGACUUUGGCUUAGCAAAAAUCCUUUCUGCUGACACGCUUAAUAAUUCUACUUCUCAGUCAAGCUCCCUCGGAUUAAGAGGAACUAUUGGUUAUGCUCCACCAGAAUAUGGGAUGGGAAGUGAGUUGUCAACAAAAGGUGAUGUUUAUAGUUAUUGCAUCCUCGUGCUUGAGAUGUUUACAGGGAAAAGGCCGCCGACUAAUGAAAUGUUCAAAGAUGGUGUCAACCUUCACAACUUUGUUGUGGCAGCUUUGCCUGAACGAGUGAUUGAGAUUAUAGAUCCCAUUCUUCUUGAAGAGCAAGUCAAACAAGGACAUGACAGACAUUUUCAAUUCUUGAAUUCAAUAUUUGAAAAAGGAGUCAUUUGUUCUGCUGAAUCCCCAAGUGGGCGGAUGGACAUUAGUGAUGUUGUUACCAAGCUUUGUUCCAUUAGAGACAAGCUUCAUCCAACUCGAUUGCAUCAUGAGGGCCAAACUUUAUAUGCUGCUCAAUCAGCAGAAGUAAAACUUUCCAACAAGCACUCAAGUUGGAGAGAGGAAAAUAAAGAGCAAGUUUGUCCACCAAUUAUUGGUGUAUGUAAUUUGUACGAAUUUCUUUUUCUUGUGGAUUAUUAUCAAAUCAGAAUUCAGAAUAAUGCAAAUAAAUUGUUCUGCUACACCUUUUUCGGCUGGUUAAUAUAA